AUGGACGAGUGCUUGGACAAAAUCAGCACUCCAAUCACGUUUGAGAGCAGACAAAAUGACUACGGUUCAUAUUAUAAUUAUAACUUGCUGUUGCCUGAACUUUACCGACCUUAUUAUGAAACGAACAAGAAAACAACAACAUGUGAAAGUGCUGAGCCGAUCGCUGCUGGAAAUAGGUGCUGCGUUGGUCAGCACAAAGACGUUGCCCAUAAUCUGUAUCCCAAUUAUUUCCUGUCGUGCAAGAGGUCAAGAAAGAGUGAAGCAUCUGCGACUGGAACAUGGACGUGGAAACGCUGCCCAGAGUAUAAGAUUUUUGACGAAAGCAGCAUGACUUGUGUUUAUAAAGAAGCAAAAACGAUGCCCACCGCGAAAAAGAACUCGAUCUCUGCUGCUGCUGCUGCCGCUGCUGUGAAUCGUCCGGCAUUCCCUACCUGUCCUGACAAAAGCAUUGCCCAAGGAUUCUGUGUCAAUGGCAGGUGUCCAAAGGGUCUUACGUGCAUCAACGGAGAUGCAAACUACUGUGGAGGGCAAAGUUCUGCAGACUCCUCUUGCUUCACUGACCGCGACUGUGCUACUGGAUACAUUUGCAACAUCGAUGUAGGCAGAUGCUGCAAUGAACCAUCGACACCUGCCGACACAUCGCCUUGGGUUACGAAAGCACAGCAAAUAUGUUCCGGUACUUUUACUGUUGGCCUCGCAGUCGUCGGCUGCAAUAAAGAGAAGCAGUGUCCACCAGGAUACGCAUGCCGUUUAAGCAUCUGCUGUCCGGAGAAUUAUCGUGUCCGGGCGGUGGUCAGCCUGUUGGAGCCUGUGUCAAUAAUCAGUGUGGCAAUGGUUUUUUUUGUCAUGCUGGAAGCGUGUGCUGCCGUCGAACAGGAUUUUGUCCAGACAGUAGACAACCUGUUGGAAUCUGCGUCAAUGGACAAUGCGGCGAUGGUUUGUUCUGUAGCGCAAGCAACGUCUGCUGCCGGAGUACAGGAUUUUGUCCGGAUGGAGGCCAGCCAGUUGGGCUUUGUUCCAAUGGACAGUGCGGAGAUGGUUUUGUUUGCAGUGCCGGCAACGUGUGCUGUCGCAGUAAAGGCCUUUGCCCGGGUGGUGGCCAAGCAGUUGGACUGUGCGUCAAUGGGCAGUGCGGAGAUGGUCUGUUUUGCAGUGCCGGCAACGUAUGCUGUCGUAGUAAAAGUAAGGACAUGUUCUGACGGACUGGAGCCUGCAGGACUUUGUUCCAAUGGUCAAUGCGGGCCAGGAUAUGAGUGCACUUCGGGCAACCUAUGUUGUCCAAUAGGUCCAAAUGGCUUAUGUCCCAGCGGAUGGGAAGCUACUGGACGUUGCGUUAACAAUCAGUGUGGCGGAACUGCCGUCUGUUACCAGGGACAGGUCUGCUGCCAGAGACGCGGACAAACAACCUGUCCAGACGGCUCUCCUCUUCUGGCUUACUGCAUUAAUGGCUCUUGUGGACGCAAUCUUGUUUGUGUUGGGAACACCAUUUGCUGUCCUUCCAGUUCUUUAAUAGGGAAGUGCGCUGAUGGAACUGAAGCAGCUGGACUUUGUGUAAACGGAAACUGUGGUGGCGGUCUAAUCUGCAACAGAAACAAUCUCUGCUGUCCUUCGACGUGGACGCAAGGCGGUUUUGGACAAUUUGGGUCUAACAGUCUCGGUCCUAGCAGUUUAUUUACUGGUCCCGCAGGCCUUGGUAGUGCUACUAAUUCAGGAGUUAUUAGUGGAAAAUACUCGUUCUGUCCAAAUGGAAUGAAAUCUGACAGUAGUUGUGUCGAACAGACGUGUCGACCUGGCUUCUACUGCACUCCCGAAAAUCAAUGUUGUCCACGAGGUUCCAUAUUAACUUCCGAAAUCUGCCCUGAUGGAAGGCAAGUGGCAGGCGCUUGCAUCAAUGGUCGAUGUGGAAAUGGACUGGUCUGCAUAGAAGAGUCCAACACUUGUUGUUAUGGAGGAACUCAGCCAAAUAUUCGUUGUCCUGACGGCCGCAAGCCUAUAAACGGAUGUCUUAGUGGUUUAUGUGCAAUUGGAUACGAAUGCACGGCUCAAGACUUCUGCUGUGAAAGUACGACUCCUCCAGCAAAAAACGUCUGUCCGGAUGGCAGUACAGCCGUUGAGGCAUGUACUUCGGAUUAUCGCUGCUCAAAUAAAAACUUGGUGUGUAUCGAUGGCUUUAACUGCUGCAGAAAUAUGAGCAAAACAUGUCCAAGCGGCUACGUCACCGAAGGACCCUGUUUGGACGGUUUAUGUCCACAGCGGUAUACAUGCCUUGAUGGUCUCUGCUGUAGCCUGGUAGGAGACGUUUCGAAAUACACGAAGUUUAACCAUGGCAUGUUUGAUUCGGAUCGUAAUCAACCAGCAGACAAAGGUCCAGAUUCUUCCUGCUCUCAACCGAAUGACUGUUACGGGGCGAGAAGCAAGUUAGCAACGUGCUACAAGGGAGUAUGUACCUGCUUACCUGGCGCCACAAAGGUUGGCAACAUGUGCAUCGCACGUCCAACGGAUUCAUUAGCUGAUAUCUGGGCCAGCAGUCUAAAUGAUUCGCCAGACAUAGACACGGAAACGAAUCUGGACUGGAAACCUUGCAACGUGACAUCUGAAUGCAGCGUUAUGGAUCACGAAAAAUGCAUCCAGCAUGCUUGCAUUGCUCCUAAAGCUCCAGGAGAAUCUUGUUCCGAGACUCUUGAAUGCCAGCUGAACUGUCGUUUGUCGCAGUGUGUUGGUCUGAAGGGUAAAAAACUCUGUGUCUGUGCUGAGCCGUUAUUCGUCUACAAGCGCAGAUGCAUGAACAACUGUCCAAAGGGGACAGAGGUUGCAGUGAACACAACGGUCUGUGAAGACACGACGGAAUCUCUCAUGAUCCAAGAUACUGUGGGAUUCGGCUCAGAUGUACAAAAGAGCAGCGCUUGCUGA